UGUCGUUUGGUUGCAUGUAACUAGUGUUGGUGUAAUCGUAUUAUUAAUUUGUUUUCUUAAAAAGUGGAUGGGAAAAUAUAUUCAAGAUGACAAAAUCUAUACCGGAAAGAUGGUUAAACUACGAACCUUAUGGAGACGUUAUCGUUGGAACAAAAUUGUUAGCUUUCAAAGUACCCCUUAAAGAGACAGUUGUCAAUGAUUUACAACCUGACAAACAGUUUACGACAUCAAUUUUAAUGAAAUCACAACCCAAACUUAAAUAUGUAAUCGACUUAACGAAUACAACAAAAUAUUAUAAUCCAUCAGAUUUUACCAGCGUCGGCAUCAAAUAUAUGAAAAUUAUGCUUCCGGGAGGACAAGUGCCGCCGCAAGAGUGUGUAAAAAGAUUCUUUAAAAUAAUAGAACAGUUUUCAGAGGAAAGUGGGCCUGAUGAUAUAAUUGGCGUUCACUGCACCCAUGGUGUGAAUCGAACUGGCUAUCUAAUAUGUCGGUAUCUAAUACAACAAUUGGGUUGGGAUCACGAUAAAGCUUUUCAAGGUUUUAAGGAAGCUCGGGGCUACAUGAUCGAGCGCACCGUGUAUAUUAAUAAACUGAUAAACUUGCCAGUGGGAUCGAAGCUAGACAUUCGCAAAGUGAAAUUAAACGUGCCACUGAAGUUAGGGAAACAGAAGAAAUACGUGCAGAAGCACUAUACCUCCCCGCGCUCCUUCCUGCCAACUAGCCGCCAAAGUUCCAUAUCGUUGCUGCGCAGCUUCCCCAACGACAGACUUCCAAGGACUUCGUACUUCUACCGGAACCGGCCCCUACCACCCACAAUUAGGGCACCCCCUUUGCUUCGCAGACCAAUCUACAGGCCUUUGGUACCUCCGCGCGGCGCUUUCGGGCCCUUACCCUCGCCCUCGUCGAUGCGACACGGGCCACCGCUACCUCUCCUACACGGGCCCGCCGGCGUGUGUAUGCCCGUUCGGCCGAGAUUGACCCCAGUGAUGGGCCCACCGGGGCCCCCACCACGAGUUUCCGGAAUAAGCCUAAGGUUGAGCCAGCGUCUCGGGCCGCCGACCCACCGUCCCGGACCGUCGAUGCCGCCCCCGCCCGGCCCACCCAUGAGAAUGCAACCGAAGAGUAUGAAGUCGGCGAAGCGAGUCAAGGAUCAGGACUUCACGGCGGACGUGUUCGAAGAGAACCUAACUGCCAAGCCGUUGAAAAAUUAUCCGAAGCACUGACAAUGAUGGAGGAACGACCGACCGAAUUUCUUUCUUAUUGCGUAGGUCGCGCGAUAAUACAAGACUUUCACAGGGCGGUGGUAAUAUUAUAGAUUAAGGAACGUUGAUAGAUAAAACUGAUCGGCUUCGCGUCAAAAUGCUACACGGAUCAUUUAUUUUUACAUAUUUUUUUAUAUGUACCGAAUGUAUUUUUAUAUAGUCGAUCGACGACUACAUCUCGAAACAUAUAUUUUUUAUUACGUUUAUUUUAUUUUAUUUCUUUAAUAUGCACACCUAUGACGUGUAAGGCAAUACUUUUAUUGACGACUAUUGUUAUGGUUCGAUAGAUUUUUCCUUUUUAUAUGACGGGGGAAAAACGUUCCUUUUGCUACGCUGAGCAGUUUUGUAAUAUCGGCAAGUACUAUUCGAUACAUGUCUUUUGUGUAAUUACUUUUGGGUAUUUAUCAAUCAUAUAAAAAGAAUGAUGUUUCCCAUAGUCAGUGCUUUUGAUCAAUUAUAUACAAUUAUGCUUAAUUAGCUUCUUUUUUCAUACUUGCAUCUUGUGUGCUUCAAAAUACAUUACAUUGUGAAAUAUUAGUUAAUAGGUGAUUUA